UUUAUAUUUCAUUCAUGAUUCAUUAAUAAAUUAAUUCAUUAUUAACAUCAUAAUAAGUUGACUAGUCGUCUAGGCAGUCUAGCCAGUGGACUACACAAGACUCACUUAGAGUCAAUAGUGUCACUACUCAGUGAUUCACUAGUCAGUAAAUAGAAUAGAUCUAGAUCUACUAACUAGCGAGACUAGUGACAGUCACUGACAGUGACUAGUAAGUUAGUAAGUAGUUAAGACUUAGACGUCUUAGUCAGUCACAGUGACCAUCACUGUCACAGUCACUGUGCAGAACUGUGCAUUGUCUAGAUUCGCUAGAUUCUACCUAUAGAAUCUAGCAGAGUAGACCUAGAAUAAAUCUACAAUAUUCUGCAAUACUACAAGUGUAGAUCUAGAAUUUAGAAUCUAGACUAUCAUGAUCAAAAAUAGAAUCAAUCUAAAAUAUAGACCCUGUCAUCUACUCUAGACGUCUACUCUAGUCUCUAGAAUCUACUAUUUAGAAAUUCAAGAUCUAGAAUCUUGAGAAAAUACUCAAGGUUGAGUCUAGAACUAAGAAUAAUCUCAAUAUAUAUAGAUAGUUCUAGACCUAGAUCAUAUAGAUGUAGAAUAAUCUAGAUCAUAAUAGAUGUAGUCAGAGGCGCGGUGGCUGAGUGGUUAAGAAGAAGUCCCUGGUUCGAAUCCUGGUGAAGACUGAACUGUGAUUUUUAAUUUCGGGAUCUUUGGGCGUGAGUCCACUCAGCUCUAUUGGGUACCUGACAUUAGUUUGGGAAAAGUAAAGGCCGUUGGUCGUUGUGUUGGCCAUGACACCCUUGUUAACUGCAGGCCACAGAAACAGAUGACCUUUACAUCAACUGCCCUUCUAUAGACUAUAGACCACUAGAUCUGAAAGCUGAUAUAUCCUAUCUGAGUAAUGCUGUAUUAAGUCAAAAAACUGAAAAUGAACAAGUUGAAAGAAAGUAUAGAACAAGACACUGUUGCUCUCAUCAAAAAGAUAACAGGCUUUGAGGAGACAGAUGUCAACUUUCAGUUAUGCAAGUCAUUUGCUGAUUCUAAUUUUAAAUACCACAGAUACCUUGAUCCAGAUAGCCAUAAGAUACAUAGAGAGAUUGAUGGACUUGUUGAAAAAUUUGAAAUCCAUUCAGAAAAACAGAAGGCAGAUGACUUUAAAGAAUUGACAAACUCAUUUUUAGAAUCUCCAGGUCUAGGUGGUAAAGACACUGGCAAGAGUGAUGUCCACUAUGCUAUGUUAACACUGCUGUUGAAAUUAUCCAACUGCCCUCUUCAGACAGAUUAUGUUAGAAAAAAGAAAACCCUUGAGAAAGAAAGUUUAGAUCAAUUUGACUGGACAAGGUAUCUCCUCAGUGAUGUAGAUCUUAAUUUCGUGUCUUAUGCAUCUGGCAGUAGUGAUGAUGAAGAAGACUUUGAAGAAUCAGAUGAUGAGUCCACUUCAAAUGUUCAUGCUCCUUCAGAAGGUGGGGACCUGAGUUCUUCUGCAGAACAUGUUAGGAGAGAUCAGAAGCAGCAGCCAGGAUCUCAACACAUUUCCUUUGAUAUAGACCACAGUGGUGAUGCUGGCCUGCUGUACUCACAGAUAGAGAAAGCUGUGGUGGUGCAGUACUGGAGAGGUCAUGCCCUAGAGGAGGAAGUAUCUGGAGACCACAAGUCCUGCCAACUCUACAAACAGUGGCAUGACUACAGGGCCGGUCAAUGUCUUCACACACCAAACUGUCUUGUCACAGAGCAACAGGUGAUAAGAGAAGUACUUUGGAUGUUAAAUGGUGAUGUACAGUUGUUCAUAUUACCAUUCAGCGGUGGAAAGUUCACAUUAAAUUCAAAUGUUUAUAUGACCCACUUGACAACUGAGUGCUUGGAGAAUUCUCUCAGACCUCUCAUGUCCACUGCAGGGCAGGUGUACACCUUGCGGUCCUUUGUAGAUGAGGUUCACAGUCAGGUCUGCAGUGGGCUUAAGAGUGGUGUGCCAUGCUCUGUGCCCCAGACUUACCAGGCUUUUGCCAGCUGGGUGUUUCAGUUCCUGACAGACUUCUUCCAAGAGUUGGUCAAAAUAGAGGAAAGCGUUAUCAGACAAGAAAGUUUGAUUUCUUUACUGAAGUUGUCAAAUGAUCUCAAGCCUUGGUUGGACAAAGUCCAAGUUGUGCAUGAAGUUUAUGUUGAAGGUAUUUGCAGCCAGAGCAGUCUGGUAGGAAGUGAGAACAAUUGUUACAAGGCCUCAUAUCUUCUUGAUAUCUUGUACCAGCUCUUGAUAGAAAGUAGCCUCAUCUCUGCUGUAGAUACCUCUAAGAAGACCAAUUUUGUCCUUGAGAUGUUGGUAGCUACAAGUUUUCCUCUCUUUGAUAUCAUCAGUAAGUGGAUUAACUAUGGUCUGCUGAGUGAUCCAGGCGAAGAGUUUGUGGUUAGAAGAAAUAAAGAAGUGACAUCGUUAGAUGAGACCUUCUGGGAGAGGGCAUUUAUAUCAAACCAGAUCCAUCCUCCAAAUGAGACCAGCAAGUCUGAAUUAAGUCAGAAAGCAGUCAACUUGCCCAGCUCAUCAGACAUAACUAGUUCCCAUCUUAAUGACUCUAUUGAAUCUAUUGUCUCCCGAGGACCAGACCUGCUGAAGUCUAUACUGGCUGACACCAUCUUGAUAGGCAAAUCCAUGGAGAUGCUUGAGAAUUUGGGCAGGAUGAAUGAAGUUCAUGAAGUCUGUGAUCAUUUGAGUCAUCUUCCACCAUCUCUGUUUGAUCUAUUUUUAAAUGACCUGAAAUCAAAACUUCACAUUUCACCAACAGAAUUUCACCAGCAAGAAGAAACGAAGUCCAAAGUUCAGAGUCGAAGAGACGGGACAAAGAGCUUGCUUAAAAAGACAGGUCAACAUGACCCUUUGUUGGACAUGUAUUUUGAUUCUUUGUUCUGCAAGACUGAUAACAAAGGGAGGAAACCAAAGGAAAAACACUUUGAGAGUUCCUUGUUUGACUUCACCCCAGUGUCAAAACUACUAGAGAACUGCCUAUGUCCUGUCAUACAAGCUCGUUAUAAAACUGUCUGCUCCAAGCUGGUGCACAUUUUCAAGGUGGACUAUAAUCUCAUGGACUGCAUCCAUGCUAUACAGAGGUACUUUUUGAUGUCUUCCGGGGAAGUAAUGUAUGACUUCUAUACUUCUGUGUUUCAUAAGCUGCAACAUAGAGAAGAGUGGCGUGAGGCUGAGAUUCUUGAUAUGUUUUUACACGAUGCUGUAGAACAUAGAUACCCAGAGGAUGUGUCCAGGCUGUCAGUUGCUAUCAUCAGUACAGACACAACAGAUUCCAGUCCAAUCUCUUUAACAAACUGUAUCAACUUGAAAUACAAUGUUCCCUGGCCUGUUAAUGUUAUCAUCUCAGAAAAAUGCCAAGAAGUUUACAAUAACAUUUUCAAUUUUUUACUUCAGAUGAAACGAGUAAAGUUUUCCUUAGAUCAGCUGAGGUUUGAAGAUGUCUCCCAGCAGGUGGUACAGAACCAGUUCAAUCCAGAUGAUGAUGUGGAGCCAGUAUCAAGAGAAUGUAAAAUCCAUAAAUGCUAUCUGUUUAGGUUCAGGCUGCUCUAUUUUAUCAACAGUCUACAUGACUAUAUUAUGACUAGGAUUCUUCAUAGUUCUGGGCUAGAGUUUGAAUCUCAGCUGGAGCAGGCCACAGAUCUAGAACAAAUCAUGGUGAUUCAUGGGAACUAUGUCCAGGUAAUACACGAGAGAUGUCUACUUCACCCCAGGCUGGCAGUCCUCAGAGCCUUCAUCAUGAAGGUAUUGAAUCUGUCCUUAACCUUCUGUCACAUGUGGCAGCAAGGCGUCGACUUCAUUAGUUACAAGAUCCUAACAGACAUGGAAGUGGAACUGUCCCGUUGCAUUCAUUUCUUGUCUUCGUUCCUCAACAAUGUCAUCAAAAGAGGAUCAUUUCCACAUUUGGCUUCCCUUGCAUUUGCUUUCAGCUCUUCAAUACAGGAUGAGAAGAAACUGAUUGUGUGAGAAUCUUGUACUUCCUUUUGUUAUGGAAGAAAAAAUGAUUAGCAUAUAAAUAUUAGUAAUUUAUGUCAAUUUUCUUACAUUGUCUUUGCAGAUGUUGAAUAAAACUUGUAACUAUAUCUUUUA